UUUGCAGCUAUAUUAAUCUUUUAAAACAAACAAAAUGGAUUCCUUAAACUCAUCUGAUCAAAACUUGACUUCAGAAGAACUAUUAAACAGAAUGCCGUCUAAAAUUCUGGUGUCCCUCACUCUCUCCGGGCUGGCACUGAUGACAACAACCAUCAACUCCCUUGUGAUUGCUGCAAUUAUUGUCACCCGGAAGCUGCACCACCCAGCCAACUAUUUAAUUUGCUCCCUUGCCGUCACAGAUUUUCUUGUAGCUGUCCUGGUGAUGCCUUUCAGCAUCGUGUACAUUGUGAGAGAGAGCUGGAUUAUGGGGCAGGUGGUCUGUGACAUCUGGCUGAGCGUUGACAUUACGUGCUGCACGUGCUCCAUCUUGCAUCUCUCUGCUAUAGCUCUGGAUCGGUAUCGGGCAAUCACAGAUGCUGUGGAGUACUCCAGGAAAAGGACUCCCAAGCAUGCUGGCAUUACGAUUACAAUAGUUUGGAUUAUAUCUAUUUUUAUCUCUAUGCCUCCUUUAUUCUGGAGGCACCAAGGAACUAGCCGCGAUGAUGAGUGCAUCAUCAAACACGACCACAUCGUCUCGACUAUUUACUCAACAUUCGGAGCUUUCUACAUCCCAUUAACAUUGAUUUUGAUCCUCUACUACAAAAUAUAUAAAGCAGCGAAAAUGUUAUACCACAAGAGACAAGCAAGUAGGAUUGCCAAGGAGGAGGUGAAUGGCCAAGUCCUUUUGGGGAGUAGUGAGAAAAGCACCAGACUAGUCUCCACACCCUACAUGCUAGAAAAAUCUUUAUCUGAUCCAUCAACAGACUUUGAUAAAAUUCACAGCACAGUGAAAAGCUCCAGGUCUGAUUUCAAGCAUGAGAAAUCUUGGAGAAGGCAAAAGAUCUCAGGCACAAGAGAACGCAAAGCAGCCACUACGCUGGGGUUAAUCUUGGGUGCAUUUGUAAUAUGUUGGCUUCCUUUCUUUGUAAAAGAAUUGGUUGUUAAUGUCUGUGAAAAGUGUAAAAUUUCUGAAGAAAUGUCAAAUUUUUUGACAUGGCUUGGAUAUCUCAACUCCCUUAUAAAUCCACUGAUUUAUACAAUCUUUAAUGAAGACUUCAAGAAAGCCUUCCAAAAACUUGUACGAUGUCGAUGUUAGUUUAAAGAAAGUUUAUCAUUAGAAGGUUGGGGAUUUCUUGAGGUGAAGUAACUAAAUGAAUGAUGAAUAACAAAACAGUUAAACUUUUAGAGGAAAUACAUUAAAACUGCUAAACUUACAAGAAUAUAAUUUAUAUUUUAAUAGCAACAUGAACAUAAACUUCUUGAGUAAAAGAUGUUUCUUUUGACCAUCAUUCUAGAGUAUUCAAAACGCAAAGAAAAUUUACUGCUUAUAAACAACAUUUUGCCUAUGCAAUGUCCCUAACAGGCUAACUGAAAAUACGUAUUAGAGUAAUUAUUAUUAAUAACAGUGAUUUUCCAGGUUUAUGGCCUACGACAAUUACAGAAGAGUAUUCAAUUAACCACAUCUGUAAUUUCUAUAUAAUGCUAUGGUUUUGUUAUAAAAUUCUGCCAUUUUAGAGAAAAGAAAAUUCACCACAAUGCACCCAUUUCUCCUACCUAACCACUCUUGUGCCACCUUCACCUUAUCCUGGGAAAAAUGGGAGGAGGAAGCAGCCAACAAUGAUUCCUAAUAUGACUGGAGGAAAUGUCAGCCAGGAGAUUGAUAUGAUCUUUGUAUUUAGAUAGUAAAGAGUAAUCAUAAAGUAAGUUAGGCAUUGUAAAAUAAUUCUGAAUGCUGAACUUGUGCAUAUUUAACAUUUUC